UUACCCCUUUUUAGUCCCCUUUAUUCGCCUUCUCUCUGUCGCCUCGCUCGCCCAUGGAGUCCUCACCCCCGACUACGCCUGCGACAGCUACAGCUGCGGCAGCGGUAGCGGAAGUAGCGGCAUCCUCGUCGCAAUCGAAGGACAAAAGCCUCUUGGUCGGUUUCGACCUCCCCGCCACCUGGGGGUACCGUAAGCACUUGGCCUUCUACAAGCCACCGGACUCAUCGCCGGUGGCGGCGGGUGUUGAGCCGCAGGCCAACAGCUCCCGAUCCCUGAUGGAAGGUGGCGCUACAGCGGCGGCGGCGGUGAAUGAUGAGGUGGCGGUGGCGGAGGAAUGUCCCCGUGGGCAGGGCUACCUGUUGAGGGACCGGAGAGUCGGCCGGGACAGCGUGGAGGACGCUCCGAAGAAUCUGCACGCGAAGCUUUGGAACAAGGAUGGCGGCGGAAGCGGAAGCACCGAUGGCAGCAAGUUCUCGCUGGAGCUCACCAAACAGGAGAUCAUGGAGGACUUUAUCAAGAUGACUGGUCGGAAGCCGCCGCGCCGGCCAAAGAGGCGGAGCAAGAACAUCCAGUACCAGAUUAAUGCGCUUUCUCUUGGCGAGUCCUUGUCAGAGGUGAACCAUGAUCGCUACAAGGUGGACGAGAAUGGGGUGUUUUGAGAGUUGCUCUCUGAAGGAGGAGACGAUGGACUUCCGGGCAUUGCGUCAAGCAUUGGUUCAUCGGAGUUGCAGACGGAGAUAUUUGGGGUUGAUUGUUUCCGUUUAUUGAUGCUUUUGCAAAUUAUCAUGUAUGUCGAGCCUUCGUAUAUCUUGUAUCUUAGAGGUUUUUCUUAAUUUAUCAGGGCCUGCUUCUUGCCCUAAAACAGUAUUCUCUUGUUGUCUCUAUCUAUCUAUCUCCAGCGAUUGGAUA